AUGAACACCGUCCUUCUCCCCGACUUGCUAUCUACAGCGCUUGAGGGCCUCUCGGAGACGUCGAGAGAAUGCGUACGACGAUUGAGGGACCAUUAUGCUACCAGCAACCUAGCAGACCUGUCGACCCACCCCACGUCGAAAUUGGCCGGCGUCCUUGUACUGCUAUUCGAGCGCGAUGGGCAGCUGCACGUCCUUCUGACGACGCGCUCCAAGUUACUGAGGACCCAUAGCGGACAGACAGCCCUGCCAGGGGGACGGGUGGACCCCACGGACGUGAACAUCGUCGAGACAGCGCUCCGGGAAGCCCACGAGGAAGUGAAGCUUCCUUUGUCCAGCCCGCAUGUCCAUCCGAUCUGCCUUCUCGAUCCCUUCGUGUCCGCCCAUCACCUCAUCGUCACGCCUGUCAUCGCGCUGCUGUCAGAUGUUAGCUUGCUUGACACCCUAGAGGCGAACGCGGACGAGGUCGCGCAUAUCUUCACUCAUCCGCUGCACCCUAUCCUCGAUCCCAGCGAGGCCCAAUCUUUGUCGCUCGUACCCAAAGGCUCCGAGGACUGGCCAUGGACGGAGGACUAUCACCGAUACACCGACGAGGCCCUCUCCGCCUUCCCUGGCCUUCAAGGCCUAUUCUACCGCUACCACCGCUUCCGAAGCUCGGCUUCCCCGGUCGCAGGGCUUACCGCGGAUGUGCUGAUCAAAGUCGCCUCCAUUGCCUACGCCGAGGCUCCCCACUACGAGCGCAACCCGCCCGGACAACCAAAGGACUUCUCCGACCUCGCCUUUCAUUCCCUCACUAUUGCGGCGAAGGCCCGGAAUGGCAUAGCGACCCGAGUCACCAAUCCGUACCCUGUCAAUGACUCCCUGGCAAGCGGCCAGUCGACCCCUGCGCACGGCCGAUCGUCUGCGAAUGUCAAUGAGCAGGCGUCGUCCUAGUCGGCGUCGAUUCCUAUGGCAUCAACGCUGCCACCCGCGCCGCCCCCCUUUCAUUCGUCCGCGGACCCGGUCGUAGCGCGUAAUCAGGUCUAGGCACUCCGUCGCUGCCACCAUCUCGCAGGCCCUGACACCCUUCUUUGACGACUUCACCCUCCGGCCUGCGCACUCAAAGCAUGGUCUCGUGAAAGCAAAGUACACGCCAUA